AACUAAACUCCCUCAGGGCAAGACGCAUCAAAUGGAGCGGCGUCUCGGAUAGGAGAUGGUCGUGGGGGAAUGAAGAAGACCUGUGAGCCAGAGACCCUGUCGGGCUGCGUGCCGGUCAGUUUGCUGACUGAGAUAAACAAACCUCAAACUCCAGCUAAAGGUCGUGGCUCAGAACCAACCUCACUCCACUUUGUAAACAGUCUGUGCAGGGCAAAAGCCUCUCCCGAUGGAUCCCACUUACAGGAACUGAAUGCGGGUCAGCUGAUCCCUUGAGAGACAAGGGCGGGUGCAGUCUUUGGACGCCUGGACACUGCGAGUGCAGCUGGUGUCACUGGCCGGGCUCAGCUCUCUGGGAUCCCCGGCCAAAUAUACGGAGAUAACAAAAGCAAAUGGGGCUCAGUGUCCUGUUGUAACUUAGUGCCUGCUGUUUCCUCCAGGGAAAGGGCUGGGAAAGACCAAAAUGUUUCUCCUGUAGCGUGUUUCCUCCAGAGCAGGAUCCGGGCAUCAGCUGGAAGCUUGGACGUAAGACGUGUGGCUGGGGGUUCAGCCUGCCUGGACCAGUCAUCCGACUGGGGAAAUCAGGCCUACCAGUUGCUGGCUGCGAAAUCCUUGUGGAAAAAUCCCCCGCAGUCUCCGCUGCCUCGCAGCUGAGCUGGGAAAUGAAGAUGAUGAGGUCGGUGGCGCUCUCCUUGGCUUCUCUUUGGGCUCUCGCCUGGCUGGAAACGCCUCAGGUGAGAAGCCAGACCUCUGUGCCUCUGGGGAUGGCCCCCAACUCCUUCGAUGACCAGUACCGCGGCUGCACGGAGGAAAUGGAAGCGGAAAUUGCCCCUCGCCUGCUGGAGGCGGAAAACGCCCGACACCGGCUGCUGGGCUCCAUGUGGGGAAACCUAUCGGCUGUUUGGGAGACUAAGAAGCAGCAGCUUUCUGUGCCCGUGGGCUUUCGGGCCGAGCAUGGCAUAGCCCUCCUGGUCUACACCAAUUCCUCUGUGCCCCUGUACAGGGAGCUGAACCAGGCCGUGAGGGAGGCUGGGGUCUCGCGGGAGACCUACAUGAGCAAUUUCCACUUCAAAGCCCUCCAUUAUUACCUGACGCGAGCCCUGCAGCUCUUACGGGCGGACUGCGGCCAGCUGUCCCAACACGAGCUGUUCCGGGGCGUCCGAUCCAUCCGCUUCGAGCCCAAUGGGACCGGCGUGUUCCGGUUCGGACAGUUCACCUCCUCCUCGCUGGACCGGGCGAUAGCUGAGCAGUACGGCCAGGCCACCUUCUUCACCUUGCGCUCCUGCUUCGGCACCCCUGUCGAGGCCUUCUCCGCCUUCCCGGCCGAGAGGGAGGUGCUGCUCCCCGCCAGCGAAGUGUUCCAGGUGUCCCGCUUCACCCGGGAGGGGAACCGCAGCCUCUUCCUCCUGCACAGCACCAACCGGACCUGCAGCCAUUACAACUGCGCCUACCUCGGGGGAGAGAAGUCCCAAGAAUGCCUGGACAACACAGUUGCAGGAAGAAGUUUCAGGGUGUCCAGCGACAUGAGCCCAGUACUGUUGGGUGGAAUUGUCCUGCUCCACGUUGCAGCUCAGAAACUCUUCGCCAGUUUCAAACUCAUCUCCAUUUUUUAAAGAAAUAAAAUCUACUAGAUAUUGUA